GGCUCCACGAUUCAGUAUGGCGGCCGCACAGCCGGUUCACAUGACAUUUCGAAAAUCUGAGAAAACAAAAUCCCCUAGGAAAGAGAUUAUUCAGCCUUGUAUGAAACAUCCUUUACAGAACAGGUGGACACUCUGGUUUUUCAAAAAUGAUAAAAGCAAACCCUGGCAGGCAAAUCUUCGUCUGGUUACUAAAUUUGACACUGUGGAGGAUUUUUGGGCAUUAUACAAUCAUAUUCAAGUUGCCAGUAGGCUGACGUCAGGUUGUGACUACUCACUCUUUAAGGAUGGUAUUGAACCAAUGUGGGAGGACAGCAAAAACAAAUGUGGUGGAAGAUGGUUAAUUACUCUGUCAAAACAGCAAAGGAUGCUGGAACUAGAUCAAUUCUGGCUGGAAACAUUGUUGUGCCUUAUUGGAGAAGCUUUUGAUGAAUAUAGCAAUGACGUUUGUGGUGCUGUAAUUAAUGUUCGAGCAAAAGGAGAUAAAAUAGCAAUCUGGACCUGUGACACUGAAAAUGAAGCAGCUGUUUUGCAUAUAGGAAAAAUUUACAAGGAAAGACUUGGCCUUCCUGUUAAGGUUGUGAUUGGUUAUCAAGCUCAUGCAGAUACAGCUACCAAGAGUGGAGUGGGAGUUAAAAACAAAUUCAUUGUGUGAAGAUCGUUCAUUGUAAAACUACGAGUUUUAUAUAAAUUUUGGGAGUACUUAAUCAGUAUUUAGAUCUAGACUAAAUUAAACUAUUAAAACCAUAGCUGUUGCUGACUGGAUUUAACUUGGCAAUCGGUUGAUACUCAACUGUAUGGCUUUUACUUGUCACUUUGGACAACACAUGAAUGCUACAAGUUAUUUUUGUUUAAAUUAUGGGAUUUAGAGUUUCCU